UAUAUCUUUAAUGCAGAUUGAAAUAUGGCAGUACCAAAUUUUUUGCAUAGUCUUAACUUCAAAUCGAUCGUAGUUAUUACAAAAUGUCACAUAAUUCGUAAUGUGUAAUUAAAAGGUACUCCCUACACAAGAGAUGGUGACUAAUGAUCGAGUCGGCCAGAAAAUACCAAAAAAGUCCUCAAAAGUCUGAUGUGAUCUCCCAUGCUUCAACCGAAUUUUUGGAAUAAAGAAUAGAUUGGAAAAAUAUCUGCCACAUUGUAGUAUUUUCAAGUAAGCUUUCUUUGUUUGUUCAAUAAUCAAAAGCAAAAACAAAAACAAAACUCUCAACACUUUUUGUGUUUAUUUUCUGUUAUUUUGAAUCGAAGUCGGCAAGCAUAGGCUAAAAGGUGAUGGAGGAUGGAAUUGGAGGGCUGAGACACAUGUUGGCGACGGUUUUUCUUUCUGCCUUCGCCGGAUUCAUGGUAGUACCAGUGAUUACUGAUGUCACCGUCGCUGCUGUAUGCUCUGGCCCUGACGACUCAUGUUCUCUUGCCGUUUACCUCACUGGUUUUCAACAAGUGGCAAUAGGGAUGGGGACUAUGAUAAUGAUGCCAGUAAUUGGGAAUCUAUCAGACAGAUAUGGGAUUAAAACAAUCCUCACCCUUCCCAUGUGUCUCUCCAUUGUUCCUCCUGUAAUUUUAGGAUACAGAAGGGAUAUAAAAUUCUUUUAUGUGUUUUAUAUAAGCAAGAUUCUGACCUCUAUGGUAUGUGAAGGCACCGUUGACUGCCUAGCUUAUGCAUAUGUGGCAGUAAAUAUUCAUGGCAGUACAAGAAUUUCAGCUUUUGGUAUUUUAGCUGGUAUCAAAACAAUUGCUGGACUUUUUGGAACAUUAGUUGCUCGUUUUCUUCCCAUAGCUUUGACUUUUCAGGUUUCUGCUAUAUCAUUUUUCGUUGGCCUAGUGUACAUGAGAGUUUUCCUAAAAGAAAAGCUAAACGAUGAUGAAGAUGAUGAUCUUCAUCAUGGUACGUAUCAUCAAGAGGAUCAUGAUAGUAUUAAUACCACAAUGUUAGCAGAGCCGAUUCUGAACGAUAGACCCAUCAAAACACAAGUCUUUCACAAGAAGUAUUCUUCAUUGAAAGAUAUGAUCAGCUUGAUGAAGACUAGCACCAUAUUCUUUCAAGCAUUGGUUGUUACAUUCUUCAGCAGUUUUUCAGAUAGUGGAAUGGAGUCUGCUUUCUUGUACUUUUUGAAAGCACGUUUUGGAUUUGACAAGAAGCAGUUUGCUGAUCUCUUGCUGUUGAUUACCAUCGUUGGGUCUAUCUCUCAAUUGUUUGUACUGCCAAGAUUUGCAUCGGCCAUUGGAGAAUGCAAGCUUUUAUCAACAGGGCUUUUUAUGGAAUUCAUAAACAUGGCCAUUGUCAGCAUUUCUUGGGCACCAUGGGUGAGUCAGUCAAAACUAGGUACCUCAUUCUAUGUUUUCUCUCAAUAUGAUUUGCUUCUUGUUUUUUCUUCGAUUUUCGCAGGUUCCUUAUCUCACCACUGUGUUUGUACCUGGAGCCUUAUUUGUGAUGCCAUCGGUUUGUGGUAUUGCCUCGAGACAAGUUGGACCUGGUGAACAGGGAAAAGUUCAAGGAUGCAUAUCUGGAGUGAGGUCCUUUGGCAAAGUGGUGGCACCAUUUGUGUUCAGUCCAUUGACAGGUUUGUAAAGCCGUAAGAACACAAACUAUAUACUACCAAGUUUCAUUCAUUUCUUUUGACACAUUCAAUAAUUUGAUUCCAUGUAUAUAGCGUUGUUUCUUUCAAAAAAUGCACCGUUCUAUUUCCCUGGAUUCAGCCUCCUUUGCAUCUCCUUGUCCUCGGUAUAUAUGAAUAUCUCAUCUAUCAAGACUAACUUUGAUUUGAUUGUAUACGAAUUAUGAUGGACCAAUACCUUUUGCAUGCACAGUUGAUCGGUUUCUUUCAGAGUCUACUGAUUAAAGAUGUCCCUACUCCACCAUUGAACAAAGCAAUCAACAAAACCUCAGGCGAGGAAGUGUGAUUAUAUGAACUCAUCAUGUAUAAAAGAGAAGAGUGUAUAUAUAGCCUUUUAGCUUGUGACAAAAAUAUAUAUGUAAUUGAUCUAUUCAAAAUAUGAUCAUAACUUCAUGUGAUUAUUUGUUUCUUCUAAACUUGUUUAAGCCCGGCUUAAAUGAGAUCACAAAUUGCAAUGAUUCAGAAAAAGUUUAGAACUU